GGACCCGACCCGUUUUCUUCUGAUUUUCUGGGUUCUAACUUCUUCUUCUUCUUCUACUUCUACUUGUAGUAUCCAAAUUCAUGCGUUUUUCUCUUUGUUAGAAGGAUUCUCGUGGCAUUCCUCUGCUAUCAAAAGUAUGGGGAUUAUAAAAGACGGUUCAGUAUCAGGAAGAUUACCGACUAAUGAGGUCUUUGCUGUUCAUUACCCUGCUUACCCUUCUUCAGUGGAACGUGCUGUUGAGACUCUUGGUGGCAUUCAAGGUAUUGUCAAGGCUCGAACUUCAGAGUCAAAUAAGCUGGAGCUCCAUUUCCGGCCAGAAGAUCCAUAUUCACACCCUGCUUUCGGGGAGCUUAAGCAUAGCAAUAACUUCUUGUUGAAAAUAUCCAAGUGUAAAGUAAGGGAUGUCCAAUCUGCUGACAGUCCUGUUAAUUGUGAACAAGAAAAUUCUUUAGCUGCACCGAAGGAGCGUCUUGCAGCUAAUAUUGUUUCUCAUGUUUCUGAAGGUUAUCAUUUUAACGGAAUGGUAGACUAUCAGCAUGUUCUCGCCGUUCAUGCUGAUGAUGCAAGAAGGAAAAAGAGACAGUGGGCAGAGGUGGAACCUAAAUUUGAGAAGGGAGGUCUUAUGGAUGUUGAUCAGGAGGAUUUGAUGAUAUUACUACCCCCCCUGUUCGCCUCAAAAGAUAUGCCUGAUAAUAUUGUAUUAAAAUCUUGUACAACCUUGGGCUCGAAAAGAAAACAAGAGGGACGACACAAUUGGGAGAGGGAGAUGGAGCCAAGUCUUGCAAUUGAUUUUACUAUCAAAGAGAUUCCAAAGCCAGUGGAUUGGGAAAAGUACAUUCCUCAGAGCUCAGAUCGUUGGAGAUGGCAGAAGGCAGUAUCUGAAUUGUUUGAAGAAUGUAAAAUAUGGCCCAAAGAGUCAUUAGCUGAGCGCUUACAUGAUGGGGGUCUGAAAUUUCGAGAUAACAUGCUAAAAAGGCUUCUUUGUGGAGUAGCAUAUUACUUUUUGAAUGGGCCUUUCCGUAGAUUCUGGAUAAAAAAAGGUUAUGAUCCUCGGAAGGAUCCUGAAUCCCGCAUAUACCAGAAUAUUGAUUUCCGAGUGCACCAUGAAUUACGAAGCUACUGUGAGAGCCGUUUGUCGUCUGGAUUGCAACAUAGAUGGGAUGAUAUAUGUGCCUUCCGUGUUUUUCCGUGUAAAUGUCAGCUAGCAUUGCAGCUUUGUGAACUCAAGGAUGACUACAUUCAACAAGAAAUCAGAAAACCGUCAAAGGAAAAAACUUGCAAUAGUGUAACAGGAUGGUUCUCCUUUCAUACUGUUGAUUGCUUGAGACGUUGUAUUGAUGUGAGAUUUAUGUCAGUAUGCCCUCAUCCCCGUGCUGAGUCUUUACUAAAUUCUAUUUCCACCCGCUUCGAAAAGUCAAAGAGGACUCAUACUUAUUUGAAAGUUGCAAGACCGGAAGAGCAAGAAAAAGUCAAUAAAGAUGCGGAAAACAAUGAAGUCGAUGAACAAGCAGAAAACCAUGACGUUGAUGAACCUGAUGAUUUAGAAGAUUAUGAAGAUGAGUUUGAUGAUGAUAAUGUUGAAGAGGAGAUGGAUGCAUAUGUAUCUCUUGACCUCGCUGUCCAGGAAGGGGAUGUCUCUCUACAUGAUGAUCCACAUACAAACCACGAUAAUGUUUCAAGAGAUUACUUGCAAGAGCUCUUUGGCAAUUUUCCAUCGAGUACAGCUGGGACGGAUGAAGUGCAAGAUGAUCAGAGUCUUGGAGAAUAUCAGAUAUAUGACCAAUACAACGAUGACUCUUAUUCCGAAGAUGAAGACUACUAAGACAUCAUGGGUAAUUGCAGGCUAAUUAGUGAUGGAGUGAAGAACUGCUGCUGCAGAAAAGGGUGGGAAUGAAGUAUUUGCCUGAGCUCAAGUUUACAGGGAAAAAGCUUAGUGUUGCCUUUUUUUUUGGUUUAGUUUUAUUUUAAGUUUUAAUUUUUAUGUUAUGUUUCCGUCUUUUAGCUGGCUAAAUGCUGAAGACAUGAAGAAAUACAUAAAUUACCCCCUAAACUUGUUCUGGAAAAUCACUUUGCCCAUUUUAACUUUACGAGCAUCCUAUUACCC